CUCCAGGCCCAUCCCACACGCGGAACCCCAAGGGAACCUGCUAAGGCCUGUCCUGGCUCUAUUUACCCGUCCAGGACAGUCUUGGCUCCGGCCCAGUCCCCUUCAAGCUGGCCUCUGCGCAAGCGAAGCCCACCCGGGCUGACGCUUGGCCCCACCAGGCUGCCUGCCUGCCUCCCCCUGAAUGCCCACGCCUCUUCCAGUGGCAGAGCCCGCUGCUGAAUCUGGAAGAAAUUACUCCUCUAAACAGCCAGACUUCCCCAGUUUCAGGAAAUUCCAAGCUGGGCGGGGGCGGGGCACUGGGGGCGUGCUCCAUCCCUCCCCGCCCCGCUGCUCUCCACCCACACCCUGCUCCUCGCGGCUGCUCGGAGCCUCAGUCCGAGGGAGGGGCGUCAGCUUUGCUACGGCUGCUUUGUGGUACUGAGUCCCAAAGGCCAGCUUUUGGGGAUAAAGAGGCUAGGGAGGGCCUGUGGCUGUACUCUGCGGCUGGACUGCGAGCUGAGGAGGCCUGGGCCGUGACUCCGCUCUCGCUUGGGUUCCCACCAUGGCCCAUGAGAGGGGCUGACAGUCCUGGGCGCAGGUGAGAUCCUGCCUGGCAGAAGCCAGGAGGAAGGCGGAAGAAGGGUGCGCAGUGGGCCAGCCAAGCGGACUCUGAGCCCCGGCACCAGGAGGACCAGCACCUUCAGUGCUCAGUGAGAACUGCCAGAUGCCGAUGCUGAAGCAGCCGGGCUCCGCGCAGCGCAAGAAGCGCAGCCCCAGGAGCGGGGCGCCGUCUAUCUCCGCGCCCCUCGGCGACUUCCGGCACACGCUGCACGUGGGGCGCGGUGGCGACGCCUUCGGGGACACUUCCUUCCUGAGCCUCCACGGGGCCGAGCCAGCGGCUGAGCCCCAGGCGCCGCCCGCAAGGACCCCGCCGCCCGCGCCCGCGGCGCCCCCCGACCCGCUGCUGUCCUUCCAUCUGGACCUGGGUCCCUCCAUGCUGGACGCUGUGCUGGGCGUCAUGGACGCUGGUGGCGCGGGGGCCGCGGACGCCCAGACGGACGCGCACGCGCGCUCCGGGGCACAGCCCCGCCGGGCCCCGCGCCUGGAGCUGGACCGCGGGCUCGGCCUGUAGUAGCCCUGCCGGCGCGACAUAAACGGCGGCCCACUCGCGCCCACCAGG